GAUCUCUGCAGACCCUAAUCACAAAUCCUAGCGAGAGAAAGGGGGAAGAGGAGUCGGUUUUGUCGGAGUAAAAUCGCCAUGGAAUACUCAGCUCGAAAAAGUCAAGGAGGAGGCCUCUUCGAAGGUCUCUACAGGGUUAUCAUGCGCCGUAACUCCAUCUAUGUCACUUUUGUCGUCGCCGGCGCUUUCCUGGGUGAGCGGGCUGUGGAUUACGGAGUUAAGAAGUUAUGGGAAUACAACAACGUUGGGAAACGAUACGAGGACAUUCCAGUUCUGGGACAGAGACAAUCAGAAGAAUGAAGCAGUGAUGUCCUUCCUGCCCAUUUAGAAGUUUACUAUAGUAUCUGGCUUGAGCAUAUAUAUCUAUUAUAGGUAGCAAUGCUCAUUGUUGCAAUAAUUGUUACUCACUUUAAUUCAACAGACAUGUUUCUUUUGGCCUUGAAUUGGUUUAAUUGUCUUUUUAAGGAAUUGAUUUGCCAACAAUUUGGAUGGCCAGUAUAUUUCAUUUCCUUUGCUGCCUUUUUCAUCCUUUGCUCUUCAUGCUGUAUUGCUUGUUACAGACUCAUAAUAUAAAUAAUCAAAUCAACAUGCUUUGUUACACUGUUGUUUGUAUGCUGUAGAGCUCAAUAACCUAUUUCAAGGUGA